CUUCAUACAAUUUUUUGUGGAUGCAGACGGCGGAGCUCUGUCCCUAAAUCUCCUCUUCGGAUCUUAGCGGUAUUUCGUCUCCUGUGGUUCUCGCCAUUGUAGAUUUAGGUUUAUCACAGGCGCUAUUGUUCGGGAAGUUUGUGCUUUUCAGUUCAGAACCAGGUCUCAUUGUAGAGGUAGUUGUCCACCUCGAGUUUCUAAUUCGAAUUUUGAUGCAGUUGACUAGCAGUCGUUGGGUAGAGAAUUGUAUGCGCUAAUAAGGUUUGAGGAGACCGGGCUGCGACGCUCGGGAAUGGUAAGCAUGGAUUUUGAGAACCGCAACGUGGUUGCUAUGAAGGUGGCCUUGAGUUCUGCCGGCGACGGCGUGGGCAGUUUUCUGCAGAAGUUCAGGCUUUAUGAAACUCAUUCGAACUUUUAUAUGAUUGGGCGGGACAAAAAUAGAACUUUUUGGAAGGUCUUGAAGAUCAGCCGAUCAGAGCACCCAGAACAGUCAGAACAAUCAGAGCUAAGCAUCAUUGAAGAUUCAACAAUUUACUCAGAAAUUGAAUGCUAUGACCUCCUGAAACGAAUUCAUGAAGGAAACCUGUCUACAGGAGGACUGAAAUUCGUUACUACAUGCUAUGGAAUUGUUGGGAUCAUAAAAUUUUUAGGACCUUACUACAUGCUGCUUAUCACUAAAAGAAGGAAGAUUGGAACAAUAUGUGGUCAUGCCAUAUAUUCCAUUGCCAAGAGCGAGAUGAUCCAAAUAUCCAAUUCUACCGUGCACUCAAACAUGACUUAUUCUAAGAACGAGAACAGAUACAAGAAGCUCUUACGUGCUGUGGAUCUUACCAAGGACUUCUAUUUUAGCUACUCCUACCAUGUCAUGCAUAGCCUUCAGAAGAAUCUCAGCAAUCAUGAAGCAGGACUAGUCCUCUAUGAAACAAUGUUUGUCUGGAAUGAGUUCUUAACUCGUGGAAUUCGCAAGCAGGUUAAAAAUUCUUUAUGGACGGUGGCAUUGGUGUAUGGGUUUUUUAAGCAGGUUAAAGUUUCUGUAGCAGGGCGUGAUGUUAAUAUAAUUCUCAUUGCUAGGCGAUCCCGUCAUUAUGCUGGAACAAGGUAUUUGAAACGGGGAGUGAAUGAAAAGGGCCGUGUGGCGAAUGAUGUUGAGACUGAACAAAUUGUGCUUGAGGAUGUACUUGAAGGAAGUCCUAUACAAAUAUCUUCUGCUGUGCAGAACCGGGGUUCAAUACCCCUCUUUUGGUCCCAGGAGACGUCGCGUUUGAAUAUUAAACCCGAUAUAAUAUUAUCAAAGAAGGAUGAUAAGUAUGAAGCUACCAGACUUCACUUUGAUAAUCUUGUCAAGAGAUAUGGGAAUCCUAUUAUCAUAUUAAAUUUGAUUAAGACUCGUGAAAAGAAACCAAGAGAAGCUAUUCUCCGAUCAGAGUUUGCUAAUGCUAUUGAAGUUAUCAAUAAAGAUCUUCCACCUGAGAUGCACUUGAAGUUCCUUCACUGGGAUCUCAGUAGACACUCUCGAAACAAGGCGACGAGUGUGUUGGAAUGUUUAGUGAAAGUGGCUUCUAAUGCUUUGGAUUUGACCGGUUUCUUUUACUGUCACGUUCUCCCAUCUUCAAGUCGACUUCCAUGCCACCAGAACUGCAACAGUGAUGAUGAACUCUUCAAUGCAGCAAAUGAUGUUAAUAGCAAGGAUAGUGUUAGUGAUUGUGAUGUCAGUGGAAUUCAAUUUGUCCAGCCUCCAGUGUUUCAGAAAGGCGUUUUAAGGACAAAUUGCAUAGACUGUCUAGAUCGCACUAAUGUUGCGCAAUUUGUCUAUGGCCUUGUUGCUCUUGGUCACCAGCUCCAUGUUUUACGAUACCUUGAUGUUCCGUACAUUAGUUUGGACUCCCCUUUGGCUGAUGAGUUAAUGAAGAUUUAUGAAGCUAUGGGUGACACGCUUGCUUUACAAUAUGGUGGAUCUGCUGCACACAAUAAGAUCUUUUCAGAGAGAAGAGGUCAGUGGAAAGCAACAACACAGUCCCAGGAGUUUUUUAGAACUCUUCAACGAUACUACAGUAAUGCUUACAUGGAUCCCGAGAAACAGGAUGCAAUAAACGUGUUCUUGGGGCAUUUCCAGCCUCAACUGGGUAAACCAGCUCUUUGGGAACUGGAUUCUGAUCAACAUUGUAAUGUUGGGACAGGUGUAUCUACCAAGGAACAUUCAAGGUCAAUAAUCAAAAGAUCUCUUUCUGAUGGGAGCAUUCUUUGCGAGAGCAUCUCAACUAUCGAAGGUGCAGGGGUUCUACCCAUGGAUAACUCCAGGAGGCCGUUGCCUGUGAAGAUCCAAGACAAUAAUAUCAAUCCUCUGGAAUCAACCCCAGAAAUCCCACCUUGUGAAAGCAAUGCAUCUUAUUACAUGCACACUCCAUCCACGUCUGGUAAAAAACUUUUCCCUGACGCUACUCCGCCUGAGCAGAACCCAGAGACCGACAGUGUUUACUCUGUUGAACGUGGAGAUUCAUUUGACUGUUCGAAUUUCUUUGAUUUGGAUUGGCUUUCAUCGGGAAAUUCAUGUGAGGAAGAGACGUAUGAGAGAUCUCUCAAUGGAUCUCCAUCCACUGGGAUGUCAUCAGGCGAAUUGAGAAUGGAAUGCAGCUCUUCAUCGUACCGAUCUGGAUCAAGCCUGACGGACUGAUAUGCAGCAGCUCGCGAGGGAGCGGCAGGGUAGCAGCUCCAGCAAUGUGUCGGGUUACUCGGAUCAAUUCGCGCACUGGGUUGCCUAUGGAGAUGUGCUUAUGCCUUGAAGACCAACCCCAGAUUCCUAGGCUCAAGACAUUGUUAGAAGAUAUUCUUUCUUGCUGCCAUAACUUGACUCACUCACUCACUCAUUCCUCCAUCACAUCCCAAGGAUGCUAUGGUGAGACUGCUAUUGCUAUUGCUAUUACUAUUACUAUUAUCUUUAACCAAAAGGAAGAAAGAAACAAGUGAAUAAGGCAGCAGAAAAAAGUUAUGGAAGAAUUUCUUGUGGAUACUGACCGACAGUCACUGUCUGUCAUACAGACUUCAUAGAUUCAGAUUCUGAUUCUGAUUCCAGAUUCAGAUUCUGAUCCAUUACUUUCGAAUUUGUACAGAAGAGAAGAGAACAAACAACUAAUUUAAUUUAAUUUAAGUUGAUUUUAUCUA